CGCCCGGGCGGCCCGGCUCGCGCGCACGCGCAGGGACCCGCGCCCUCCGAGGGGCGGGCGCAGAGGGGGCGUCCGGGGGGCAGGGGCCGGAGAGGGAGGCGGUCGCGUCGCCGCCGGCCGGGCUCGGGCUCGCGCUCGCCCUGCCGCUCGCCCUCCGCCUCACCCGAGCCCCGCGGGGGUGAACGCUUUCUCCCGGCAUGCAGCGGGCGGAGGGAUUUAACACCAAGAUGGCGGACGGCCCGGACGAGUACGAGGCCGAAGCGGGCUGCGUGCCUCUUCUCCACCCAGAGGAAAUUAAACCCCAAAGCCAUUAUAACCAUGGAUAUGGUGAACCUCUUGGACGGAAAACUCAUAUUGAUGAUUAUAGCACAUGGGACAUAGUCAAGGCUACACAGUAUGGAAUAUAUGAACGUUGCCGAGAAUUGGUGGAAGCAGGUUAUGAUGUGCGACAACCAGACAAAGAAAAUGUUACACUUCUCCAUUGGGCUGCUAUCAACAAUAGAAUAGAUUUAGUCAAAUACUACAUUUCGAAAGGUGCUAUUGUGGAUCAGCUUGGAGGAGACCUAAAUUCAACUCCAUUGCAUUGGGCCACAAGACAAGGACAUCUAUCUAUGGUUGUGCAACUGAUGAAAUAUGGUGCAGAUCCUUCAUUAAUUGAUGGAGAAGGAUGUAGCUGUAUUCAUCUGGCUGCUCAGUUUGGACAUACCUCAAUUGUUGCUUAUCUCAUUGCAAAAGGACAGGAUGUAGAUAUGAUGGAUCAGAAUGGAAUGACACCUUUAAUGUGGGCAGCUUAUAGAACACAUAGUGUGGAUCCAACUAGAUUGCUUUUAACAUUCAAUGUUUCAGUUAACCUUGGUGACAAGUAUCACAAAAACACUGCUUUGCAUUGGUCAGUACUAGCAGGGAAUACCACAGUCAUUAGUCUUCUUCUGGAAGCUGGAGCUAAUGUUGAUGCCCAGAAUAUCAAGGGUGAAUCAGCACUUGAUUUGGCAAAGCAGAGAAAAAAUGUCUGGAUGAUCAACCAUUUACAAGAGGCAAGACAAGCAAAAGGAUAUGAUAAUCCAUCUUUCCUUAGAAAACUGAAAGCUGAUAAGGAAUUUCGGCAGAAAGUAAUGCUAGGAACUCCUUUCCUAGUUAUUUGGCUGGUUGGGUUUAUAGCAGACCUAAAUAUCGAUUCCUGGCUCAUUAAAGGGCUGAUGUAUGGUGGUGUUUGGGCUACAGUACAGUUUCUUUCAAAAUCCUUUUUUGAUCAUUCAAUGCAUAGUGCAUUGCCCCUUGGAAUAUAUUUGGCAACCAAAUUCUGGAUGUAUGUGACGUGGUUCUUCUGGUUUUGGAAUGAUCUCAACUUUUUAUUUAUCCAUCUUCCAUUCCUUGCCAAUAGUGUUGCACUUUUCUACAAUUUUGGGAAGUCUUGGAAAUCUGAUCCAGGGAUAAUUAAAGCUACAGAAGAGCAAAAGAAAAAGACAAUAGUUGAACUUGCAGAGACAGGAAGUCUGGACCUCAGUAUAUUCUGCAGUACCUGUUUGAUACGGAAACCAGUGAGGUCCAAACAUUGUGGUGUGUGCAACCGCUGUAUAGCGAAAUUUGAUCAUCAUUGCCCAUGGGUGGGUAACUGUGUAGGUGCAGGCAACCAUAGAUACUUUAUGGGCUACCUGUUCUUCUUACUUUUUAUGAUCUGCUGGAUGAUUUAUGGUUGUAUUUCUUACUGGGGACUCCACUGUGAGACCACUUACACCAAGGAUGGAUUUUGGACAUAUAUUACUCAAAUUGCCACAUGUUCACCUUGGAUGUUUUGGAUGUUUCUGAACAGUGUUUUUCAUUUCAUGUGGGUGGCUGUAUUACUCAUGUGUCAGAUGUACCAGAUAUCAUGUUUAGGUAUUACUACAAAUGAAAGAAUGAAUGCCAGAAGAUACAAGCACUUUAAAGUCACAACAACAUCUAUUGAAAGCCCAUUCAACCAUGGAUGUGUAAGGAAUAUUAUAGACUUCUUUGAAUUUCGAUGCUGUGGCCUCUUUCGUCCUGUUAUCGUGGACUGGACAAGGCAGUAUACAAUAGAAUAUGACCAAAUAUCAGGAUCUGGGUACCAGCUCGUGUAGCAGCAUCUUUAUCUUAUGAAGCAUAUUGCUAAGUGGUGCCUGAAAAUGUGUCUGUCCGUGUCUCUCUCACACUCGAAUCCACAUCCUUUGAACAAGAGCAUGUUGUAUGUGGGGCUAACAGUGAAUUUUACAGUCUUUUUUUCCAACACUUUUAUUAACAAAGGUAAAUAUGGACAGAACACACUGCCACUUCCGGGAAGAGUAAAGAUCUUAAAAAGAAUUUUAAUGUGGGAAUUCACAACAUACUCAACUUUUUGGUUUUGUUCUCAUAACACUUUUCACACAAAAAAAGUGAACUUAUUCUGUUGACAGAUACUAAUCAGAAAUGUUUGAGUCUUGCUAAAACUAAAUUUAUGGUAUACAGCUAAAUUUUAUGGUACAAUCUACUAAUAGUAUUGCAGUUAAUUCCACGAGAGUUGUCUUAAAUUGAUUCAAGCUAGUGUUAUGUACGUUUUAGAAUGUACAUGUUUAUACUGUGAUGAAAAUCAUGUGGUUUUAUUAGGGAUCCUCUCUAAUGUGUCUUCAAAGGCACAAGAAAAUAAUGUUCACCAAAAAAAAAAAAAUGUGCUAACAAUAUUAUAUUGCUAUCAGCUCUUGCAGUGCUGAUAUAUUUCUGGUUUAGUAAAUCAUCUGUAGUAACCUUACUGUGAGGUUUUAUGGUUUGAUAAAACACUUGCAUGAGUAUAGUAAGUCAUGCCAUUUUGUUCAAGCUUAAAAGCCCUACUAAGUGCAUGAUACACCUCAUAGAAUGUAUUCUAGUACCUACUAUCCAGUAAAGCAUAAAUUAGAAUUUAAUUUGAUGUGCACCCAAUCUACUUUGUAAGAGUUAAGGUAUUUUCAAGAAAAUGCAGAAUAAGUUAAUGCUAAAUUCUCACUAAUAGAUAAGUGAAUUUACUUUUAAAAUUCUGAGCUGCAAAAUAAAGACAAAAUGAUGGAGUUUAGCUAAAGAUGGAGCAUGAUCUCUGUACAUAGCACAUCUGAAUAAAAGAAAAGCUAAUGAUAUAUUCUGGUUUUAAAAAUAUGACCUAUCAGAAAGAAUUUAAUCCCCAAGUUUAUGAGUUUUUUCAGUAUUGAAUGUUUUGAAAUUUGUUAAUGCCAUCUGGAUUUCAAAAAAGAUUUUCUUAUAUUGUUAAACGUGAUGCACUGAUCAAUUUUUGUUGCAGCAUUUUCAUACUCAAGAUGAGCUAUCAGUCACUGCUUCCAUAAAUAUUGUUUACAGAGUGAGACUUGCUGUAGUCCUCUUAAGUGCUGUAGCAUACUGUGGUUCGAGCAACCUGUGGGAAACCUGUGAGAGGGAAU